AUGGGCGAAUCGCAUCGAUGCCCUGUCCAUCUUGCCAUGGGCGGUGGCGCAGCUGCAGAUGUCUUGUUGUGGAAAAAUUGGUUUGGGAGUGCUGCUCUGCUUGUCGGUUCCACCGCCCUUUGGUUACUAUUUGAAAGAGCCGGCUAUAAUCUCUUAUCAUUUAUUUCAAAUGUCUUAUUGUUACUUGUAGUGAUCUUGUUCUUCUGGGCCAAAUCUGCAUUACUUCUCAAUAGACCUCUGCCCCCUGUUCCUAAUCUGGACAUUUCUGAGGAAUCUGUUGUGAAAGCUGCUGAUAAGAUGCGAGUUUGGGUAAAUCGAGCAUUAUCCAUUGCACACGACAUUGCCAUUGGUGGAAACUUGGGACUCUUUGUUCAGGUCUUUUUAAGCUCGUGGGUGAUCUCCUACAUUGGAGGCUUCUUCAACUUCCUUACCCUGGCGUAUAUUGUGGUUCUUCUUAGUUUAUCACUACCUGUGUUAUUCCAGUGCCUUCAAACUAUGAUAAGAAGACCCAAUAGAUUCAGUGUAUUGUUGGGCAUCUACAUUCCAUACCAUUAG